AUGGAUAUCUCUCCCGUGCUGGCUUCCUGGGUUGUCACAAACCUCCAGCCGCUUACGACCAUACUCUUGCUCUGCACCACCAAAAAGGGUCACCCACUGCGAUGGCUCAAUGUUGUAAUUCUGAUAGCCCUGGUCGUCAUACAUGGAAGGUAUAUACACCUGCUAAGCAUGAGUAACCCGAGCGAUGUGAUGCAGCGUAUCAGCCCUCUUCCAGUACUGUUACACACCAUGGUUCUCUUCAAGGGAAUCGACUAUCAGGAUCUGCAAGCACAGCAGAAACCUGAGGACCAAAACUCGCGGAUGGCAAGCAUAUGGACCGCUAUGCGAUUGACGAUGGAUUACUCUGCAGUUGGGACGCGCUGGCAAGUGCGCAAUGUGCCCAAGAUGCCCGCUUGGCUUGGCGCCAAUCCCACGCGCAGUCGUUUCCUGGUGCGUCAGCUAGCAGUGAUAAGCUGGCAGUAUCUCGCCCUAGAUUUCAUGCAGCGGAUGAUUCGUGAGGACGAGUUCAUUUGGAAUGAAAUCAUUGCAGUACUGCUUGAACCCACCACUACUGCGAAGCACUCCUGGCUUGUUGAAGUGACUAUCAAUGUUGUGAUUUGGCAUCUUCUCGCUCGUUUGUCCCUGGACUUUAAGUGGCGUGCCACAUCCAUUGUGGCGGUUGGCUUGGGGAUCUCCGAGCCUGCGAAUUGGCCCCCAAUGUUUGGGAGUAGUUUUGAGGCCUACAGCAUACGGAACUUCUGGGGAAAAUACUGGCAUCAACAGCUCCGUUGGCCGUUGACAGCGACGAGUUCCUUCCUCCUCCGUGACAUCCUCCGCAUGCCUCGACCGUCAAUACUUGAACGCUACACGAAUAUUGCCUUGUCAUUCUUGCUUUCUGGUUUGAUUCAUCUCGCAGCGCAAUAUAAAGGAUCAACGUUUGAUAAACCUGGCGCUGUUGCAUUCUUUACCUCAUUUGCCCUGGGUAUAAUCAUUGAAGAUGGAGCCCAAGAGCUCUGGUCACGACUUACUUCGAGUGACAGCAACGAAAAAGAGAAAGAUACAAAAACAGCCGUGUGGAAGAAAGCGGUUGGAUAUGUCUGGGUUAGUAGCUGGUUGAUAGGGCUCGGCGCAUUCUAUUCAUACGAUAUGGCUUACAUUGCGCUUAUCGAGGCCAUGCCACUUCCGGUGAAUCUCUCGUCACUGUUGACGGUACCAAUUACCGCCCUUUUACUUGGGGGAGGAUUGCUGUUCGGG